GAUGUAACCAUAUAUAUACACACACACAAAACAACCAACCAUUAAAGUAAACACAAAAAUCCCUUCUUCCAUUUCUAUCUGUAUAUCCAAUAAAUUCUUUAAUUCAUCAUCUCUCAUUGGAUUCUUGUGUUUAUAUAAUUAGAAAGUAUUGUGGCUCUAGAUUUUAUAUUCAAUGGCUUCAAGUGCCUCUAGGUUCAUCAAGUGUGUGACUGUUGGUGACGGUGCUGUUGGCAAAACUUGUAUGCUAAUUUGCUACACAAGUAACAAAUUCCCAACUGACUAUGUGCCAACUGUAUUUGAUAACUUUAGUGCAAAUGUGGUAGUUGAAGGCACCACUGUCAACUUGGGCCUCUGGGACACUGCUGGACAAGAAGAUUACAACCGGUUACGACCCUUGAGUUACCGAGGAGCUGAUGUAUUCGUUCUGGCAUUUUCAUUGGUCAGUCGAGCGAGCUAUGAGAACAUACUUAAGAAGCAGUGGAUCCCUGAACUUCAGCAUUUUGCUCCUGGAGUCCCAGUUGUUCUGGCUGGAACCAAACUUGAUCUUCGUGAGGAUAAACGUUACUUGGCUGAUCAUCCAGGACUAGUGCCUGUGACCACUGCGCAGGGAGAAGAGCUACGUAAACAAAUGGGCGCUGCAUAUUAUAUCGAAUGUAGCUCUAAGACUCAACAGAAUGUUAAAGCAGUUUUUGAUGCCGCUAUAAAGGUUGUUAUCAAACCACAACAGGCACCAAAGGAGAAGAAAAAGCCACGCCCUGGGUGUUUUGUGAACAUGUUUUGCACACGAAAACUCGCUUGCCUGGGAUGAAACAGUUUACAGUUUAUUCACAUUGAACUCCACUGUAACUUACCACUCAAGCUUAAUAGGAUCGGCUGCCAUUGUUAGUAAAUAGGCAAGCAGAGAAGUAUAUGUGUUGAACAUAUCCAUUUCAAUUUAUGUGUGUAUUGUUUUAACUUUAACCAUUUUGUAAAAGAAAUACUGAAUAGGUACUUGUAAUUCAAUUUCUAGAUAUAGUCUCUAAAAAAGCAAAAGUUCAAUUAAGUGCUUUCAGGCACAACUAA